UGUUGUUGUUGUUGUUGAUGUUGAUGUUGUUGUUGUUGCAGAAUCCAGACCUCCCGACUGAAAACACAACAGACUGUCUGAGCACGAUGGCCAGUGUGUGUAAAGUGAUGCUUGACACACCGGAGUACCGCAGCCGUUUCACCAGUGACGAGACGGUGUUGUUCUGCCUCCGCGUGAUGGUCGGGGUCAUCAUCCUAUUCGACCACGUUCACCCGGCCGGAGCCUUCGUCAAGACCUCCAAUAUAGACAUGAAAGGCUGCAUCCGAGUGCUGAAGGAGCAGCCGCCCAGCAGCGUGGAGGGAUUACUCAACGCUCUCAGGUAUACAACCAAACAUCUGAACGAUGAGGCCACGUCAAAGCAGAUCAAAAGCAUGCUGCAGCCAAAUUAACUCAAAGCUUCUUCUGAGUGAAACUGGAGCGAUACAGGGAGACAAAGAAAAGUGUUGUGGUCCAAAUUUCAAAAGAACUACUGAAAAUAUUUGUAGCUAAUGACUCUUUGAUUAACCUCAGUGUUUGUUUUGUUGUUUAUUUUUUUACUCUGAUUUUAAAAGCUGUUUUUUGUUGUCAUAAAAAAGAAAAGAAAAAUGAUAAAAAAGAGAGUAAACUUUUCAGUUGGUUGAUCCAAGAAAAGACGGUGUACAAACCAGCUGUUGUGUUUGAGCUGCAUUCACGUCACAUUUAACACAUCUGUUCAGUGAAAAAAAAAAAAGAUUCCUCUGCCCCCUAGUGGACAUUAAGAAAAGCGCAGCUGGAGAUGUUUCUGUUGUUGUUGUUGUUGUUGUUGUUGUUUUGUUUGCCUGCAUUAACAAACAUCCAGCAAGAGUCGCAUACAGAAAAAACUGCGCGGGUUGAUUACUUCAGAAGCGCUCUAAACGCCCCUAGAGGCGACAGUGUUCAUUACAUACACAAUACAACGUUUUUGGACAAAGAAAAACUCACCCAAGGGUGUGGUGGACAGCCCAAAUGCAUUUGACAGUAACAAUCUGACCUCCAGCUCUCACUGAGGAACAGACAAUCCACGAUGUCGGCGUCUCCUCAGACAUUUCUUCACCCAAACUCUUUUUU